AUGUCCAGCCGGCCAAUCACAAUCAUAUCGAGUAAAACAGAACAAGGGGGAAACUACUAUGGCAUGAACCUCCACAACCGCAGAGUGUCUGAGUGUACGGAUUCUGACUCAGCUCUGUUUGGAGAGUCUGGCCUUGGCUCCACUGUGGAUCUUAUCAGCAGCUGUUCUCAGACACAAUGUAGUGGAAACCGUUGUCCUGCCUGCAAAACCUGGCUCCCGAAAGUCCAAGUACUGACUGAGGAUCCCAGAGAAGGGAGAGAGAGAACGAAAUCAGUCUUCAUCAGUGUGUUGAAGAUCCCACUCCUCUUGUUCCUCCUCUACUGCUUCGUUUGUUCCUUGGACACCUUGAGCUCUGCUUUUCAGCUAGCUGGGGGUAAGGUGGCUGGGAAUAUCUUCCAGGACAACGCGAUCCUGUCGAACCCAGUGGCCGGCUUGGUGGUCGGCAUUCUGGUCACAGUACUGGUGCAGAGCUCGAGCACCUCCACUUCCAUCAUCGUCAGCCUCGUCUCAUCCGGCUUGUUGGAAGUGAAGUCUGCCGUCCCUAUAAUAAUGGGCUCGAACAUUGGCACAUCCGUCACAAACACCAUUGUUGCUCUGAUGCAGGCUGGGGAGAGGAGUGAAUUUAAACGGGCGUUUGCAGGAGCAACAAUCCACGACUGCUUUAACUGGCUCUCGGUGCUGGUGUUGUUGCCCCUAGAGGUAGCUACAGGUUUACUCAGCUAUCUGGCCCAAGCCACUGUUUCCAGCUUCCACAUGCAGAGUGGAGAGGAAGCCCCGGAGCUCCUCAAGGUCAUCACUGAUCCUGUCACUAAACUCAUCAUACAGUUGGAUAAAUCUGUAAUAACUGGCAUCGCAAUGGGAGAUGAGAGCAUGAGGAACCGCAGUCUGGUCAAAGUGUGGUGCAGCAGCAUGCCAACAGUGAAUGUGACAGUGAGUGCUCCUCAGAAUUGUUCCUCAGUGUUGCACUGUGGGAAGGAUGGUGAUCUCAUCGCACAGGUUAAUGCCGAGAGGUGUUGGCACAUGUUUGCCAAGACUGACUUGUCUGAUCUUUCUGUGGGUCUGAUUCUCCUGGCUGGAUCUCUCGUGGUGCUCUGUUCCUGCCUUAUCUUCAUUGUCAAGGUCCUCAACUCAGUCCUAAAUGGUCAAGUGGCACGAGUCAUUCAAAUGGUCAUUAACACAGAUUUCCCAGACCCAUUUGGCUGGCUGGCAGGAUACGUGGCCAUGAUUGUCGGGGCAGGAAUGACUUUCCUGGUCCAGAGUAGUUCAGUCUUCACCUCCGCCAUGACACCACUCAUUGGGCUUGGAGUGAUCAGUCUGGAGAGGGCAUACCCUUUGACUCUGGGCUCCAAUAUUGGCACAACUACUACUGCUAUUCUUGCUGCGCUGGCAAGCCCUGGAGACAAGCUGUCUGCUGCCUGUCAGAUUGCGCUGUGCCAUUUCUUCUUUAAUGUGUUUGGAAUCAUUCUGUGGUACCCGCUGCCCUUCAGCCGUCUCCCCAUUCGCAUGGCGAGGGCAUUGGGUGAGCGCACAGCUAAGUACCGGUGGUUCGCUGUGCUCUACCUCCUGCUCUGCUUCCUGCUACUCCCUGCACUUGUCUUCGGUCUCUCUCUGGCUGGCUGGCAUGCUAUGCUAGGUGUGGGAGCGCCAUUUGCUGGGGUCGCCACCUUCAUCAUCCUGGUAAACCUUCUGCAGUCACAUAGCCCCACCCACCUUCCCCGAUGCCUUCGGAACUGGGACUUCCUGCCUCUAUGGAUGCACUCACUCAAACCCAUGGACAAACUCAUUACCAAAGCCACAGUUCUCUGUCGCAAGUCCACCAAAUCCAGCGCUGCCAGUCUUGAUCCUGAAACUGCCACCAUUCCUGAUACUGCUAGCAUUAAACCAGAAUCGGUGGCAUCUCAGAGAAAGGCUCAACUAUCAUACGACAACCCUGCACAUUCAUUACAGGAUGAGUCGCCUCCACAGCCACGAGUAUUCAAGCUAAAGGGGCUAGAGAGGUGCAAUAGCACACCACUGUAG